AUGAGUGAUGUUAUCAAUUUCAAAGUAAAUGGAGUCGAAUAUCAAGUUGGAGGUGAGGUCAGCUCCGAGGUGAUGCUGGUCGACUACCUUCGUGACACGUUAGAGUUGCGCGGCACUAAAUACCUGUGCCGCGAGGGUGUCUGUGGUGCCUGUACUGUCAAUGCCUCUGUAUCACCCGGAGAACCCUCCAAAUCAGUCAAUGCUUGUCUAGUAGCCGUGACAUCUUGCCAAGACUGGGAUAUUACUACGAUCGAAGGUUUAGGCAACAGAAAGGAUGGGUACCAUACAAUACAGACGUCGCUGGCUGAUCACGGUGGUACCCAGUGCGGGUACUGCACGCCUGGAUGGAUUAUGUCUUUGAAUGGGCUUCUGGAAUCCAAAAACAAUGACGUUACGAUGCUGGACAUUGAAAAAGCGUUUGGAAGCAAUCUCUGUCGAUGCACAGGGUACAGGCCCAUUAUUGAAUGCUUCAAGAAUUUCGGUACAAAUGCUCCUAAAGAACUCAAGAUAAAGGAUAUAGAAAAUCUUUCGAUUUGUAAGAAAAAUGCCAGAGCCUGUAGAAAUAGCUGCACAGUUGAUGAUGACUGGUGUGUCGUGCGAAAAAACUCUGUUUGUGAAAGUCGUAUUAAGAAGAUACAUCUGAACGAUGGGAAAACUUGGUACAGACCGAACAGACUUCAAGAAGUACUACAGUUGUUAAGGGAUGAGUUGUAUGGAAUGGAUUAUAUGUUUGUGGGUGGAAAUACUGCAAAAGGAAUAGCCCCUAGAGAUGAAAAUCCACCUCAUUUAGUAGAUAUUUUACAUCUCACGGAACUGAAAACUAUUGAAUAUGAUCAGAAUCUGAUACUCGGUGCUGGAUUGACUCUGACACAAAUGUUAGAUGUCCUUAAGGAAUACUCCACUAAAGAGUACUUCAGUUACCUACAAAAAUUACAUGAUCAUUUGUUGUUGGUUGCUCAUAUUCCUGUUAGAAAUGUGGGUACUAUUGCUGGCAAUUUAAUGAUCAAACAUAAGUACAACAAUACAACUGAUGUAUUUCUAUUGUUUGAGACAGUUGGAGCUCAGCUGACUAUAAUGGACAAGGAUGGUUCAGAAAAGGUAUAUACAAUGCAAGACUUUUUAAAUUUGGAUAUGAACGGGAAGUUGAUUUUCAACGUGCUUUUACCACCAUUAGGUGAUGAAUAUAAGCUGGUUUCAUACAAGCUAAUGCCUCGUGCCCAAAGUGCACGCGCUAUCAUUAACGCCGGCUUCUUGUAUAAACUCACCAAGUGUAAUUCAGUCAAAGAAGCCAGGAUCGUAUACGGAGGUUUAUCAAAUAAUUUUUUGAGAGCCACGGCUACGGAGGCAUAUUUAAUAGGCAAGAAAAUUUUCAAAAAUGAAACUUUACAAGCUGCAAUAAACGUUCUCGAUGGGGAAUUGGUAGUUGAAGAGAAUCCACCAGCACCUUCAGCAGAAUACAGAAGUCAUGUAGCAAAGGCACUAUUCUAUAAGGGUCUGCUGACUAUUUGUCCACCAUCGAUCCUGUCUCCACGAUUCGAGUCUGGGAUGGUCAACCUUCACGAAGCUAGGGGAUUAUCAGACGCUAAACAAGUUUAUGCAGUUGAUAAAGACGUACUUCCUCUAUACGAGCAGGCAAAUAAACUGGAGGCUUUGCAUCAAUGUUCAGGAGAAGCCAUGUAUACGGAAGAUGCUCCUAAAAUGAAUAAUGAGGUGUUUGGAGAAUUUGUUCUUAGUACUGCAAUAGGGAACAUUGUCAAAAUUGAUGCUUCGGAAGCAUUGAAACUCGAUGGAGUAUUGGCCUUCUAUACAGCCAAGGAUAUUCCUGGUCUUAAUUCCUUCACACCAUCAGACAUGAUGUUCUUUAGUGGUAAUGAAGAAGUUCUUGCUGACGGCGUCAGUAAAUACUACCAUCAACCUCUUGGAAUUAUCGUUGCAGAAACUAAGCAUUUGGCAAACAAAGCAACUAAGUAUGUCAAAGUAACAUAUACUAAUGUUAAAACACCUGUGAUUGACAUCAAGGAGGCAAGAAAAGAUGAUGCGAGAAAUACCUUGUUCUAUUCUGCUGAUGCUACUAACGCUGGAACUGAUAUUCAUAAAGUGAUCAACGGUGAUUCCACAUUUUAUGGACAGUACCACUUUUCUAUGGAAACUUUGGUGACUAUAGCAAGACCUACGGAGGAAGGCUUAGAAGUACAUUCAGCCACGCAGUUCAUAGACGGAACACAGCUUAUGAUAUCAAGGGCUUUGGGUGUACCCCAAAAUAAGAUAGACGUUUAUGUACGUCGAAUUGGCGGUGCUUUUGGUAUCAAAAUCUCCCGCAGUAUUCAAAGCGCUAUCGCUUGUAGUUUGAUUGUUCACAAACUGCAUCGCCCAUGUCGAUUCAUCCAACCAUUGACUACUAAUAUGCAAGCAGUCGGUAAAAGAAUGCCUUGCACUAAUGAAUAUGAAGUUGCUGUUAAUAGUUCAGGAGUUAUUCAAUAUCUUAACACCUCUAUGUACGAAGAUAAUGGGUACAAAUUAAAUGAAACCAUGAGCCCACUCGGAGUUGAUGUAUAUAACAACUGUUAUGACGCGACUAAAAUAAACUACAAGAUCUAUGACACGGUUACUGAUACGGCUAAAAAUACAUUUUGCAGAUCACCAGGUACUCUUGAAGCUAUUGCUGCCAGUGAGUAUGUAAUGGAAAGAAUUUCUUACGAACUCUCCAUGGAUCCAGUUGAGGUACGGCUCAGCAAUUUGGAUAAAGAGAGACACAAUGAAUUCACACAUAUGAUUGCAAAACUUAAAACCGAUGCGGAAUAUAUCUCUAGAAAAGCCGCAGUUGAUAGUUUUAAUACACAAAACAGAUGGAAGAAACGUGGAUUAAGGUUUUCUUUUGCUAGAUGGGCCCCAACAGGUGGUCAACGCCUUAAUAUAACACUCUCAGUAUUUCAUGGUGAUGGUACGAUUGUAAUCACACACGGAGCUGUUGAAAUGGGACAAGGUAUUAAUACAAAAGCUGCUCAAAUAGCAUCUUUCUUAUUAGGUGUGCCACUCAGCAAAAUUGUUAUUAAACCUAACGAAACAACAAUUGCACCGAACAGUUUCGUAACUGGAGGCAGUUUUACACAUGGAAACGUAAUAAUUGGAUUAAAAAGGUGCUGUGAACAGCUACUCGAGAGGCUGAAACCUAUCCGGGAUACUUUAACUAAUCCAACAUGGGAAGAAUUAAUAAAGACAGCUUAUAACUCUGAUGUGAGUCUUCAAGCGCAAGGAUUUGUUAACACAGGCGAUAUACAACAUUACGAUGUAUAUGGACUAGCCUUAUCUGAAGUAGAAAUUGAUUGCUUGACUGGGGAGUUCGUAAUAUUAAGAGUGGACCUGUAUCAGGAUGUAGGACUGUCUAUUAACCCUGUCAUUGAUAUUGGACAAGUUGAAGGCGGCUUCAUAAUGGCUAUGGGGUAUUGGACUUGUGAAAAGUUAGUGUAUGACCCAGAAACUGGCAGAAUUAUCACCGACCGUUCCUGGCACUACACUCUACCGCAAGCAAGAGACAUUCCACAAACGUUCAACGUGUACUUGAAGGAAAAAUCUUUUGGUCCUGAUGCUAUUUUAGGAUCCAAAGCGACUGGAGAGCCUGCCGCCUGUGUUGCAGUUUGUGUACCUUUUGCGCUUAGAGAAGCAAUUGCCUUGGCCCGACAAGAAUCUGGUAUACCUACCACAGACUGGUUCAAAAUUGAUGGACCGUUUUCUACCAAAGCCGUUUGCAUGUCGACGAACACAAGCGUCAAAGAUUUCAAAUUUUAUUAA